ACGAGGGGAGGAAGAGGAGAGCAGAGGAAACACAAACCGGACUCUGAGAGACGCAACUAAACGUUAAAGCUUCUUGGAGAAAAUGCAGUUUUGACUGAGCUCUCUUCCGUCACUUUCUUCAGAUUUACACUCGCGCUGGUUUCGGUUCGUGGUUUCUGGAGUUUAUCAGAUCAUCAUGAGGAAGAUGAUCGUGUCUGCGCUGCUUCUGAGUCUCCUGACCCCAGGGAUUCUGUCUAUCCAGGUCACCCUCUCUGAGACAGAGAAGCGCACGACUCUCUUCGCAUCGGUCGUCUUGCGCUGUGAUUUCUCCACCUCCGCUCAGCUGCAGAAUGUGGUGGUCACUUGGAGAUACAAAUCCUUCUGCAAAGACCCUGUUCUGGACUACUACUCCACAGCGUACCAGUCGGCCCUUCAGUUGGGUCGAGACCCUGCCAAUGACUGCGUGGACUCGCAACGCACCAUCCGAACCGUGGUUCAGAAACUGGGAUCCAACGAGGCAGUGCUGGGCAGCGAGUAUAGAGAUCGAAAAAUCUACGUUCAGAACAAGGCUGAUCUGGUCAUUCAGGAGGUGAUGUGGUGGGAUAAUGGGAUGUAUUUCUGCGCUGUGGAAGCACCUGGAGACACAGGCGGAGAUUCAGACCAAGAGAUGAAGCUCAUCGUGUACCAUUGGCUGACGGUUCUCCUCAUCAUCCUCGGCACACUGAUGCUCAUCAUCCUCUUGUGUAUCUGCUGCUGCCAGUGCUGUCCGCAGAAGUGCUGCUGUUACGUGCGCUGCCCCUGCUGCCCAGAGACCUGCUGCUGCCCCGCAAAACUGGUGAUGCAGCACAGGAUGAUGAAGGAGGCGCAGAAGGCCAUGACUCCGUGGCUGAACGGACAGCCGAUCUACGCACCGAUGAGUAACCACAGCUCCUCGUACCAGAUGAACCCCAUGCUGUACGCAGGCUCAGCAUCAGGCAAAGGUGGGAUGACGCCGGUGCCUCUGCCGCCUCCACACAUGGCAGCGAUGCCUCCUCCCGGCGUUCACGGUAACGGCAGCGCUCACGGGACGUAUCCGGUGCUGGAGUAUCUGGAGAACCAGGUGCGGGGCAUGGACGUCUCCAGCCCACUGCUCCAGCCGCAGCCCUCCAUCCAACUGCAGCAUCUUCCUCCUGCUCCCCAACACAUGCCCCAGCGCGUGCCCUUCUCCGCCGGGCCCCCCAGCAUGCUCUCCGCUCUGGACGAUGGCCCCGUCUCCCGCAGGGCCCCGCCUGACUCUCGUCCCGCCACUAUCCUCGGCCGGCCGUCCAGCGCAGCUACAGUCAGGAGGACAUGCUGGACACUCGGAUCCGGACCGGACCGUACCGGCCCCGCGCACACUCCAGAGACGACCUGCUGGCCGCCGAGCGCCGGGGCCCGAGACCAGACGAUUACUCCCCUCUGCCCCGCCACGGCUCCUGGAGCUCAGCCAACGAGGAGGACAGCAGACGCGGAGGCGCUCGAGGAGGAGGCUGGAGCCAUUAUCCACCCAGCUACAGCGAGUACGAGCCGGGGAAGAAGCCGAACAAGCGGCCGGAGCGCUUCUCUGAUAAAAGUUCUCGCAGCGGCACCAGUAUAGUCAUCUGAUCCGGAGCGCUGUAGACAGACUUCACGGAGGUUUCUGUGUUCAUGUGCACAGAACAAAGCACGUUUAUUUUAUUGAACAUGUUUGAAGGAUGUUACACUGAACAUUGAUCACUGAUUUCUUUUUUUAUAUUUUGUGCAGAGCAGUUUAUAUUAAUGUGAACAUGAAUAUCAUCUUAUAGUAAUGACAUUAGAGGAAGCUGUAUUUUAAUGAAGUCUUUUUUUAGGUUGCUUGGGUUUUAUGAUUUAUCUGUGUAAAUAUUACUUCUUUUGCGUCAGUAUAUUUAUUACUACAUUGGGUUUUUAGUAAUGUAGCCACAGCAUAGGGAUAUAAUGCAAGAAGUGUGUAUGAGACUCUUGUUUGCAUUGAAAUGCUUCAUCAUGAUUGUGCUUGCUGCUCGUUAUGAUCUGGCUGUGAACAUCAGUGCUUUCAGUCUUUGGCUACACAAACACAAGGAGUAACUUAUGCAGACGUCCAGUGUGUAUUUAGUUUUAUUGCUCAAACUCAGGUCAAGCUGUUCUUUAGUCUUUCUGUAAAUAGUGUCUUUGUGUGUCUUUUACAGAACUGCUUACUGCAUUUUUACUUUGAACUUACUGCAAGUUAAAAAUCAAUCAUUAUUCAGCCUCACAUUUAUAUAAACUUUGUGAAUCCGUGCUGCUGCAUGUGAACAGCCUCUGUGCUGAUGGCAGGGUUGUUUCUGUUGUUGCAGCCUGUUUAUUAAUGUUUAUGCAUCUCAUGUGUGUCUCGUGCAUCUGCAUAAAUAAACCCUGAGGUCUGUGCAUGUUCAUCAGUGCUGCUUCAUCUUCUCAGGCCAGUAUAUCAUCUGAUCACAGGAUCGAUCACAACAAUCCAUUCAUGCUUUCAGUUUCGCGCUAAAUGACAUGAUGCCGUAUUGUAUUCAUAUGAGUGUAGCUGAAGUUCCGAAGAAUCGCUGUUUCAGAGCUCCAGGCAGUUUCACUAAACUAUUAAAACCGGAAGUUAAAAUACAGUAUGUGUAGCAACACGUGUUCCCAUAUUCCACAAACUACGAUAAAGAUUAUAUUCCUAAUACAAAUUUAAACGUAUAUAUUUUUUACAAACAG